UCGAUCGAAUUACUCUAACUAAACUAAAAGACUUUUGCUUUGAAUUUUUUAUUAGAGACCCUUCGUUUGGAUAUAUAUGUUUUGUGUCGGUUCUAUUCAGAGUCUCGUAGCGUUGCUUCAAAUCUCGCAAUAUUUUUUCUAUUUUAUCGAUUUUUUCGAAGAGUCAAGUUGAUUAUAGCAAGUUGUUAUUGUUUUAGGUGGAUUUAGCAAAAAUAAAGCAAGGUUUCAUCCAUUGCAGUGGAAACGAACAUCCAGCAGCCAAAUUAGAAAUCGUUGAAACUUAGAAUAAAAAAGAGGGUGGAUUUAGCAAGAAAUAAGCAAGGUUUCAUCCAUUGCAGUGGAAACGAACAUCCAGCAGCCAAAUUCAAAAUCGUUGAAACUUAGAAUAAAAAAAAAGGGUAAGUGAUUUUGUUUUUUUUUUUUAACCAUACAUAUAAUAUAGUGAAAUACUUAAGCAGCGGGUUCGAAAAUCGCACUAGCGAUGCAUUUUUUUUUCUAUUUUUCGAUUUUUUUCGUUCUAUUUUCAAAGAGAGUUAAUUGUAGUAUAGCAAGUUGUUAUUGAGAGUUUUGCUCCGAAUUACAUUUUUUGCAUCGAAAUUUUACAACAUAUUUCUAUUAGAGAGCCUCCUAUUAGAUAUGUUUUUUGUCUUUUUUGUGUUUUCUACAGCCGGUUCGAAAAUCGCACUAGCAAUGCAUUUCUUUUUCGAUUUUUUCGAAGAGAGUGAAUUUUAGUAUAGCAAAUUGUUAUUGUUUUAGGUGGAUUUAGCAAGAAAUAAGCAAGGUUUCAUCCAUUGCAGUGGAAACGAACAUCCAGCAGCCAAAUUCAAAAUCGUUGAAACUUAGAAUAAAAAAAGGGUGGAUUUAGCAAGAAAUAAGCAAGGUUUCAUCCAUUGCAGUGGAAACGAACAUCCAGCAGCCAAAUUCGAAAUCGUUGAAACUUAACUUAACUAAUCGUUGAAUAAAAAAGAGGGUAAGUGAUUUUGUUUUUUUAUAAGCCAUACAAUAUAAUAUUGAAAUGAUUAAGGAAAUAGUUAAGCAGUCGGAUAAUCUAUUAUUAACUAUUAAAAGACUUCGUAAAAUAAUUUUUGAUAAAUUUACUCAAAAUGAUGCUAAAGUAUGGUUAAAGCGAUUAAAUGCACAUAUUUGCAAAUGUAAUAAUUUAAUUAAAGCUAAAAAAUUACCCAUUGGAACUGCUAAAAAAUUACAAUCAAACGUAGGACAUUUUAAACAUUUUCGAAGAAUAAUUUUAAAUUUUAAUAGACGUGUUGGUCUAGGACUUAAUUCAAAAUUACGAAAUAGAGUAAAAUGGGAAAAUGUCGCUUCAAGUUUUGCAAGUCGGAUUAAGACAGGGGUUAUAAUAAAUUUAUAUCAUAAGGAUGUAGGACCGUUUUUGAAUGAUGCUUUUACCAUAUUUAAACAAAAAGUUAAAACUGUUUUGAAAUCUAAUAGAGUACUUAAAGUCAACACUACUUUGUGGGGGGAAUUUAUUAAAAAGACAGGUGAUAGUGAGAGUUUAGAUUUGAUACAUUUUAGCACUAAAAAUGUCAUUAUAGAUAGUUAUUCAACCGAUUUACACAUUUGGUUUAGCGAAAAUGUUAAAGAUAUAAUUUUUAAAAAAAUGUCUGAGUUUGCAGAAAAAGGUUCAGGUGCCGCUCUCUCUAAAGUAAUCUCAUUAGAAGUUAACAUCAAUAAAGUCGAAAUUGGGAACGGAUCAUCGUACAUUAAACUUCCUGAACAAAUUCAAAAGCGUCGAGCAUGUAUAAAUAUCAAAAAUUACGAUCAAAAUUGCUUUUAUUGGGCGAUUAUUAGCUCUCUUUAUCCAGCUAAAAUACAUACAGAACGUACAUCGGCAUAUCCAUAUUACAGUACGGCGUUGAAAACGGAGGACUUGGAAGCUCCAAUGCCUUUAAGUCAUAUUACAAAAUUUGAAAAAAUAAAUACUAUAUCAGUGAAUGUUUAUGCUUUGGAAUUAAACCAAGUUAAGGAAAAACAAUUUUACGAAGUAGUACCUGCUAGACUUACACAAAACAAGCUUGAUAGACAUGUAAAUUUGCUUCUAAUUCAGGAUAAAUAUUUUCCAAAGUUAAAUGAUUACGACGCUCCUCCUAGUGACGAUGAAAAUAUUGAAAUAAAAUAUCAUUAUUGCUGGAUUAAAGAUAUGUCUAGGUUGUUAAGUUCUCAGUUAAGUAAAAACUCAAAUAAAAAAUAUAUUUGUGAUCGCUGCAUGAAUUAUUUUUACAGCGGGAAUAAACUUGCGGAGCACGAAGAGUUCUGCAGAGACAUAAACAAAUGUAAAAUGACUGUUCCCAAAUACGAUCAUGUUGCUUUUAGAAAUUUCACAUACAAACAAACCACUCCCUUUAUCAUAUAUGCUGAUUUUGAAUGUCAGUUACAUAAUUUUACAGAUUCUAAUGUAAAACUGAGCAAAACAGCAAAAUACCAAAAGCAUGUACCUUAUAGUGCAGGCUAUUACUUUAAAUGUGCUUACGAUGACGGCUUAUCAUAUUUUCGAAGCUACAGAGGUGAAAAUUGCAUGGAGUGGUUUGCAAAAGAAAUGGCUGAAAUAUCCAAAUUUGUCGAUUCUAAAAUAAAAUCAAUUGUACCUAUGGUUAAAAAGCCUAGUACAAGUAAGGCAACUGUCUGUCAUAUUUGUGAGAAACGCUUUUUAGCUACAGAUAUAAUUGUGGUAGAUCAUGAUCAUUUUACCGGAGAGGUAAGAGGAUUUGCACACCAAGCAUGCAAUUUAAACUUCAGAAAGGUGUUUGUUGUGCCAGUAGCCUUCCAUAAUUUUAGUGGAUAUGACUCACAUUUCAUGAUUAUCGAUUUAUGCAAACAUGGGCACCUGAGCUUACUUCCUAUUAAUAAAGAAAAAUAUAUUUCUUUUACUCUACAUUCAGAUGAGCAUAAAAUUAGACUAAGAUUUAUCGAUACUAUGAGAUUUAUGGGAGCUUCACUCGAUGAAUUAGCAUCACUUUUAGAUACUUCAGAGAAGAAGAUUUUAAAACAAGAAUUUUACAGUUUAGAUGAUAAUGCAUUUAAUUUAUUAACUUGCAAAGGAGUAUUUUGCUAUGAUUAUGUUGAUAGUUUGGAAAAAUUAGAGGAAACUUCUUUACCUACAAUUAGUCAUUUUUAUAAUAAAUUAUGUGAUGAACAUAUUAGCGAACAGAAGUAUGCUCAUGCGCAGAAAGUUUGGUCUACAUUUGAAUGUAAAAAUUUGGGAGAGUAUAGCGAUUUGUACUUAAAAACAGAUAUUUUGCUUCUGGCUGAUGUAUUUGAACAAUUUAGACAAAAAUGUAGGGAUACGUACCAUUUAGAUCCUGCGUGGUAUUAUACCAUACCAGGUUAUACAUGGGACUGUAUGCUUAGGUAUACAAAAUGUAGAUUAGAGUUAUUAAAAGAUGUGGAUAUGAUUUUGUUUAUUGAAAAAGGCAUAAGAGGCGGAAUAUCUGUGUGUAGUAACCGAUUUUCGGAAGCUAACAAUAAGUACAUGUCGACAUAUGACCCCACACAGCCCUCUAAGUACAUCAUGUAUUUAGAUGUAAAUAAUCUCUAUGGUUGGGCUAUGAGUGAAUAUUUACCCUUUGGAGGAUUUAAGUGGAUUGAAGAUGUAACCAAAUUUGGUGUAGCAUCUAAAUCCACUAAACUUCCCAAGGGGCAUAUUGAUAUUAUGUCAAUUCCGAAUGCUGCGAAGGAGGGCUAUUUCUUUCAAGUUGACUUAGAGUAUCCACUUGAAUUACACGACAAACAUAAAGAUUUUCCAUUUGCUGCCGAACACCGCAUUCCUCCCGGUUCAAAACUACCAAAAUUAUUGCCAACUCUUUUUAAUAAGUCAAAAUAUAUUAUUCAUUAUAGAAAUUUAAAGCAGGCUUUAUCUAACGGAUUAAUUUUAACUAAAAUACAUAAAGUUUUGAAAUUUAAUCAAUCUGCAUGGCUGCGGCCCUAUAUUGAGUUAAAUACUAACUUACGGGCUGCAUCUAAGAGCAGUUUUGAGAAAAAUCUCUAUAAAAUGAUGAACAAUGCUGUGUUUGGUAAGACCAUGGAGAAUAUAAGGAGGCAUAGAACUGUAAAAAUAUGUAAAAAUUGGAAUGGAAGGUAUGGAGCCAAAAACUUGAUUGCAAGUAUUCGGUUUCACAGUCGUACUAUCUUUAGUGAAAACCUGGUGGCCAUCGAACUAACCAAAUCAGUAGUGUGUUUUAAUAAGCCUCUGUAUAUAGGUGCAGCAAUCCUAGACAUAUCAAAAUUAUGUAUGUAUGAUUUUCAUUACUCCUUCAUGCUUCCAACGAUGGGAGAAGAAAAUUGUAUGUUAUUGUACAUGGAUACAGAUAGCUUCAUCUAUGAAUUACAGUGUUUAGAUGCAUAUAAGGAGGUUUUAAAGGCACACAACUCUAAAUUCGAUACAUCUGACUAUUCGGAAAAUAACCCGUACAUGAUAGAACGGUUAAAUAAAAAAAUCCCCGGUCUAAUGAAGGAUGAAGCUAAUGGAAAAAUUAUUACAAAUUUUAUUGGUCUAAGAUCAAAAAUGUAUACAUUUAAAUUACAAACAACUGAUGAAGAGAGAGAAAAAGAGAGAGAACGUUUAAAACUGAAACUAAACAAGGAACAAAUUGAUUGUGGUAUUCAAAAUUUAGGUAUAACCAAAAAAUCAAAAGGUGUAAAAUAUAAUGUAGUCAAAAAUAUAAUCACAUUUGAAGAUUUUGAAAAUUGUUUAAAAGAAUACAAAAUUAAAAGCACAAACCAAAGGUGUAUUCGGUCAUAUCAACAUUCAGUAUUCAGCAUAGAGCAAACAAAAACGGCCCUAAGUCCUUAUGAUGAUAAACGAUAUUUAAUACCAGAAUCCUUUAAGACGCUUCCCUGGGGACAUUGUGAUAUACCAUAAUUUUUUAGCAAAAAUAUAAUCGCUUUAAGACGCUGAGGGCAUUUACUUGGAUAUUAAAAAUGUGUAUGGCUGGUGAAAAGACACAAUCACUUUUCCUCAGUAAUUUUUAAUAAAAUGACUAUUGUACAAUAUUAUUUUUUCAUUAUCCUUUUGUAAAUAUAUUACGAAAAUAAAACAGAAGUGUUAAAUACAUAAUAUUUAUUAACAAAUAAAGUUAUUCAAGUCA